AUGACCGUAAUAUUUAACAAAUCAAUUGUAUCUGGAACCUUUCCAUGCGAAUGGAAAAUCUCAAAAGUUACCCCUGUUUAUAAGGCUGGACCAAGGGAGGACAUGAACAACUACAAACCGAUAUAUGUCAUUUCUAUUAUUGCAAAAACAAUGCAAAAGUUGGUCUAUAAUCAACUCUAUGAAUAUUUUAUAAAAAAUGACAUACUUACAAAUUCUCAACAUGGUUUUAGACCUAAUCAUUCCACAGUUACUGCAAUGUUGGAAAUUGCGAACAAAUGGUUUCAUAAUAUUGAUAUCGGCCAAUUAAAUGGGGUGAUAUUUCUUGAUCUUAAGAAAGCAUUUGAUACUGUAGAUCAUAAAAUACUACUACAUAAAUUACAUCUUUAUGGGAUAAAAGGAAUUGCUCUUAAUUGGUUCAGAUCUUACUUAUCAAACAGAAAGCAGUAUUGUCGGGUAAACGAUCACCUUUCCCACCCACUGGAAAUGGUCUGCGGUAUACCUCAAGGGUCCAUACUUGAACCACUAUUGUUUCUUAUAUACGUUAACGACCUUCCAAAUUGCUUAAAACAUACAAGAUGCAAUAUGUUCGCUGAUGAUACACAACUUGAUACAUCUAGCAAUAAUAUUGAUUCGACUGCUAACAUUUUGAAUGAAGAUUUGAUAAACGUUUCUGAUUGGAUGAAGGCAAACAAAUUAAGCCUAAAUGCUAGCAAAACAGAAUACAUGGUUAUCGGUUCUCAUAAAAGGCUUCACCAAACUCAAAGUGAUCCACCAAUCACUUUGGGCGACAAUCAAAUAAAAAGAGUCAAAGUUACAAAAUCACUUGGAUUAAUGAUCGAUGAGACAUUAACUUGGGAUGAACAGGUUACACUAAUUACGAAAAAAGUAG